CUACCUUGCGACUUCUAUCCUACCGCGCUUCCAAAUAUCAUUUUCUAAUUAUUGCUUCCACAUUCUCCCAUCUGGCUUUUUCCCCUCUAGCCCCGCACGCCCACCACAAACAAAACGGCAGUCUUAUAGCCCGUCCCGAAGAUUCAAGUCGAAUCUUUAGUGCCGAAAUGCGAUUUCUCAACACAGAAACUCUUGCCUUCGAGGAAGUGGAAGUGCCCGAGCCCAAGUCAUACGCCAUCCUGUCCCAUACUUGGGGUGAUGGCGAAGUUACCUUCCGAGAUAUGGCCGACAUGGGGGUAGCGAGUCUCAAGGCAGGAUUCGACAAGAUCGCCAAAACCUGCCUGCUGGCCAGGCUCGAGGGGUAUCGCCUUGUAUGGGUUGAUACGUGUUGCAUCGACAAGUCGUCCAGCGCCGAGUUGUCCGAGGCCAUCAACUCCAUGUUCUCGUUGUACGCAGAGUCUGGCAAAUGCUUCGUCUACCUGGGCGACUACCACAGCGAUGUCUUCAUCGACACCGAAUUCGCCGCGUGUAGGUGGUUCACGCGCGGGUGGACGUUGCAGGAGCUCAUUGCUCCAGACGAGCUGCAGUUCUACCAGGCCGGCUGGCAGGCCAUGGGCACUAAAAGAUCUCUGCUUGGCCACAUCCACAACAUAACACGUAUCCCUGCCGUGGUUCUCGAGGACAGGGAGGCCGCCUUCUCUUGUUGCAUCGCCCAGCGCAUGUCCUGGGCUGCCGGCCGGGUGACGAAGAGAGCCGAGGACGUUGCCUACUGUCUCUUGGGCCUGUUUAGGGUAAACAUGCCAAUGCUCUACGGCAUGGGCAAAAGGGCCUUCCUCCGUCUGCAAGAGGAGAUCAUCAAGGACACGAACGAUCUGUCCAUCUUCGCGUGGGUCGACCGAUCCCUCUCCGCAGAUACGGAACAUGGCGUCCUCGCCGAUUCGCCUAGCGCGUUCAAGGGCUGCAGCAACCUCAUCUUCAGCGAAGGCGCGACCUUUACAGGAUCCUUCAGCAUCACCAAUGGGGGUUUGCAGAUCUGCACUGUUUUGUAUGAGGAGUGGUGUACGAUGCGGUUCACCGACACACCAUGGGCCGGAGGCGAAGAAGAAGAGGAUCCUACGCGCAUUCGCGAGAAGCUUUAUUACCUGCAGCUUUGCUACCGGGACCCCACGGUCCACCGUGCCGACAUCAUGCUCGUCUUGAGAAAACAAGGCGACAUGGCACAGUUCUGCCGGAUCCGAUGUAACAACUUUUCGACAGCGGAGAGGGUGUCCCACACGGAUGGCGUGUUCAAGCCGUACAAAGCGGGGGUAUUCCUGGCCGUCACGCCGCAACAACUUUGCUCGACGGGAUACCUUUUGAUAAGUCACGAAUCUGCCUCGCCCGAAAUCAGCUGCAAGGUAAUCGCAAGCUAUCCGACCGGCCGUUGGGAUGCGGACUGGGGAGAGAGCGUCAAUCAAUGUCGCUUCCGCCUGACAGAGGGAUUCUUAGGUUUCCGUAUCACCCAACUCUUCCAUCAACACUACGGAGACCUUGCUUACGCACUGGAGGCAUUCUGGCUGGAACCUUCGCUGGACAGUAGCGCAGAGCCGUUUGUCAGGUGCUCCAUAAACUACCGACAACCCGUCAGUUGGCGCUUUCUCAGGGACUAUGACGACUCGGCAGAGUCUAAGAUAGUCAGCUCACCAUCAAUCAGCCUCUCUGACGCACAAUCGAUGCUCGCAAAGGAGUGGCCCGGUUUUGGGACACAGCAGUCCGCGUCGUGGGCAAUAACCCCGCGCCGCAUUGGGGAGAGGUGGCGGGAUCGAAAAGAAGGGGACUUUAGUGCAACAUUGUCGGUGCCUGAGACUGUGAGGCCGCUGCAUUAUGAAGGUUCCAGGUCCUCGAGAUUCACAACAGCAUCGACGCCCCAACGACUUUGUUAUUCGGUCCAGAUAAAAAUCGAUCUCAAAUACCCGCCAACCGCAGGGCAGACAUCUGUCCCGCCAGCAACCAUGGAGGGAUGACACAGGCCUUGCCCUUUUGUCGCCAAGCUGUCCGCUGGUGCUGGAAAGCAAAAGAUUUGUCCCUGUGAUGGCAAAUGUCUGCACUAGACGCAGACAGCCGAGGCCAGGGCGGCUAGCGCCAUCAUCUCGGCGCUGGGCAUGGCUGCAUGGCGGACACGGGAAGGCACCGGAGGUCUCUGAUAGGCACGGGCGGCCCCGCCCACGUCAGCCCUUCGGGAAAUGGCGUCCGGCGGUCCGGGUGAAGCUUAGGUGGCGCUUACAAACGGAGCGCCCCAGGAUGAGAGAGAGCAAGUGACCAUUGUCGAUGCAGGUAACGUCACUCAAGCACGAGGAAGUCAUGUGAAUAGCAUUGUGUCCCGUUUUAGGAGUCCAUGUCCUCAAUAGUAACGUGGGAUAUCGUAGCCUUUGCCCUGUAUUGUACAG